CGAAUUCAAGCAGAUAAUAUCAAAACUUGUCAAAUUUCAAUUUAAAUUAGUAUCUAUUCGAACUCAAAACAUAAGGAUGGAGAAGUAAUUUAAUGAAUCCAAAAUGGGAAAUUUUGGUUUUUCUUAAGCACUCAAAACAGAGUGGGAGAGAGUAAUUUUUUAACCAAAAACGAAAACCCAGGUGUUAUUUCUUUCAUUUUACUCCCAAAAUGAGUCAGAAGCCCCUGAUCUACGCCUUUGUCUCGCGGGGCACCGUGCUUCUUGCAGAGUACACUGAGUUCAGCGGCAACUUCAACUCCAUUGCGUUUCAGUGCCUGCAGAAGCUUCCUGCUUCCAACAACAAGUUUACUUACAACUGCGAUGGCCACACCUUUAAUUAUCUUGUUGAUAAUGGUUACACAUAUUGUGUGGUUGCAGAUGAAUCAGUUGGAAGACAAAUACCUAUUGCUUUUUUGGAGCGUGUCAAGGAUGACUUUGUUUCAAAAUAUGGUGGUGGAAAGGCUGCCACUGCUCAAGCCAACAGCCUUAACAAGGAAUUUGGUCCAAAAUUGAAAGCUCAUAUGCAGUACUGUGUUGAUCAUCCGGAAGAGAUAAGCAAGCUUGCAAAGGUGAAAGCACAGGUUUCUGAAGUCAAAGGUGUUAUGAUGGAGAAUAUUGAAAAGGUUUUAGAUAGAGGGGAAAAGAUUGAGCUGCUCGUGGAUAAGACUGAUAACCUUCAUCAUCAGGCACAAGACUUUCGUAAUUCUGGGACCCAAAUCCGGAGGAAAAUGUGGCUGCAAAACAUGAAAAUUAAGCUGAUAGUACUUGGAAUAGUGAUUGCUUUGAUCCUCAUCAUAAUCCUCUCUGCUUGCCAUGGUUUCAACUGCGGGAAAUGAGUAACGUUCUUCAAGAUGCUUGCUUUGUUUGUUACCAAAGCUUUUGUGAUAUAAUAUUGUGGGGUAAAAAACAUAUAAAUACGGAUAUGAAAAUAUAUGAUCCUGAAUUUGUAAUAAUAGUGAAAAUUUAGAAAUUUCCCAACAUUUGUUACCAGAAGGACAUAUUUUGCUUGUGAAUGAGACCUCAACUUCUGUUUUA